UGAGAAAAAUGAUGAUCGAUAACAUUUAAAAAAAAGGGGAGGAAAGGUCUAGAUUUCAACAGAUACGGGACAUCAUUGGAACGUUUUCGAUUUCAAAACAAGAUGCAAAAAAUGGGGAAUCCCUGAAAACCCGAAAGGCGCACAAUGUUUAAACAGCAUUUCUAUGAAAUGGAAAGAAUUGAAUGGCAAAAGCAAACAAAAAAAAACAAUCAGUAGAAAAAGUGUUAGCUCGUCUGGAACAAAGACAUUUCCUUCAGUCAAGAGACAGACAUACAGACGAAACGGCUCUGUUCAAUGUUUUUCAAAAAACAUGAUACGUUUAUUGCUAGUGACAGCACGAUCCCAUUACUGAGUCAACCAUCAGCCUGCAAUCCGAAACGACAAAUCGCAACAGCCGUUACUACCGUUAGAGAUGAAAACUUCACACCGAUCUCAAAUUUUGAGACGAUGCUUCACUUGCUGAAGGGAAAUAUUGGUACAGGCCUAUUCGCUAUGCCAGGUGCGUUUCAAAAUGCCGGAUUGUGGACGGGAAGCGUACUAACAAUCAUCACGGCCUGCAUAUGUACCCAUUGCAUGCAUAUUCUGGUGACGUCCGCUGCCAUACUGCAAAAGAGAAAAGGACACGAAGUGUCCGUUUCAUACGCCGACGUGGCAGAAAUCGCUUUUCAAACUGGAUCGCAGCAAUUUGUGAAACAUGCAAAGUUAGCUAGGGUACUGGUGAGUCUAUUCAUUUGCGUUACUCAGUUGGGAUUUUGCUGUGUUUACGUGGUGUUUGCCAGCACAAAUUUGAAGCAGGUUGUCGAUUACUACGCACCCCAUCUACAAUGGGACGUUCGGCAAUUUAUGUGCCUCGUCACGAUUCCUCUCAUUUUCCUCAACUGGUUACGUGACUUGAAACUCUUGGCGCCUGUCUCAUUGCUGGCUAAUAUCUUGCAAUCAAUUAGCAUCGUCAUUGUCUUUUACUACAUCGCUCGAGAUGGUCUGCCCCCCAUGGAUUCAACGCCAGCUUUCAACAACUGGAUUGGAGUUUCACUUUUUUUCGGGACGGUCGUUUUCUCGUUCGAAGGCAUCGGUCUUAUUUUGCCCAUUCAAAAAGACAUGCGUCAUCCGCGGGAUUUUGAGGGCUGGAACGGAAUCCUCAACGUAGCAAUGAUUCUCGUGACUUGCCUAGCAUUAGCGAUGGGCUUUUAUGGAUACCUCAAAUAUGGAGCUGAAAUUCAGGGAUCCAUUACGCUUAAUCUCCCGCAAGAUGAAAUAUUGGCUCGGCUGGUGAAAGUUUUUAUGGUUUUAGCCAUUUUCGGAAGUUAUACCAUGCAGUUUUACGUUCCCAUUCCAAUAUUAUGGCCAGUGCUCGAGAAGAAAAUAGAAACAUUCAACAAGCAUCCGCUAGUGUCUGAACUGAUGUUCAGAACUUUAUUGGUUUUGCUUACUCUCAGUCUGGCUGCUGCAAUACCAAAAAUAGAUCUGUACAUUUCGCUUGUUGGUGCAAUGACUGGCUCUUUAUUGGCCUUAAUCUUUCCGCCGAUAUUGGAGAUUGUGACUUGCUGGCCUGAUGUUAGCAAAAUGGCUAUUGUCAAGAAUUUCCUGAUUGUGAUUUUCGGUUUGACUGGCUUUACAUCUGGUACAUACGCCUCCAUCAAGAAAAUUUUAUCUCCUACCACAUGAUUGGAUUUCCCCUCUGUUAUUCUUUAGUAAAAGGCUAGCCACGUUUUAGUAUUUUGUUUUAAAAUGCACCAGGUACUUCAAAAAAGAAUUUCAUUCAAAAAAGAAAUUUCGUUCAAUGGGAUUUCAAAUUUGUGGAUUGUAACCACCCGUAACCAUCAAACAAAAUUUACAUUCGUAGCUAUAUCUUUAUUCGGGUACAAGUGGGGCGCACCAGAAAAGCCCCCACACAAAGAUAUAUUUUUUUGAGGAAGCAGCCUAUCGAUAUCCUGUUGAAACUUUGAAAGCCGCUCCACAAAUUUGCCGAACUAAACAGUAACUAAUAUUUACGUCCUACGUCGCCAGAUGCCCUAUCACAUCAAAACAAUGCCGAACUGUCAAGUAACCAGAACCCAGUAACGUCUCUUUUACAUCGUUCAUGAGUAACAGUGCAAAAUGCAACUCAUUUUUUAUAGUCGAAUUUCUAGUUGGUCAAGCAAUAAAGUCCACCAAAUCUUUGUGUAAAUUGUAAAAACACCCCCAGAAUUUUACGGCUUAAGCGUACUGUUAAACUCAGUAUUUCAAUACUCGCUGCAGUUUUUCCAAUCAAACAUUUUAUCAAAAGAAAAGAAAGA